AGAGGCAGCACCGCCACGCGUAUAGAGCGGCGAGGCUGAUUCCGGAAGUCGGAGCGGCGUGGCUGGAAGUGGGAGGGCAGAGUGCUGCGGCCGCCAUGAAGCCGGCGGUGGACGAGAUGUUUCCUGAGGGUGCUGGCCCCUAUGUGGACCUGGACGAGGCAGGGGGAAGCACGGGGCUGCUGAUGGACCUGGCCGCCAACGAGAAGGCCGUGCACGCCGACUUCUUUAACGAUUUUGAAGAUCUCUUUGAUGACGAUGACAUCCAGUGAACUUAGUUGUUCUGCUGUGCUGAGAUGUGGAGUUUUCUCUGGGAUCGCCUGUGGUGUCCAUUAUUUAUUACAAUGAUUAGAACAGGAAAAUCACGUAAGGGGUGAAAAAAAGACUGUUUAAGCUGCCUAGGGAAUGUGGAAAUCAUAUGGCUAAAAAAACCCAACAACUGUGAACUGUUAUUUCUAGGAAGCUGUUUGUAGUUUUUUCUUAAAAUUUUACUUGCUGAUGUGCUCAUUCAAAAAAAACCAACCAAACAAAAAAAAAACUUAACAAAAUCUGUGUUCUGAGUUGUUUCUUUUUUAUUAUUAUUUUUGUGAAAUCAGCCACUGUUACUUUUGGUUAUUAUAUACAGAUACAGGGCAGGAUGUAUCUCUGCCUAGAGGUGUUCUAUUUAACUCAGAGUAUGGGAUUAUCUGCAGCUAAGAUGAUUACUUUUUUCGGAAUAGGCUUUGACUCAUUGCAGUAGGAAGAGUUGUGGGUCUUGUCCAGUCUCAAGAUUGAUGUUCAACUACCAUCAGUGCUUUGCUUUAACCUAAGCAGCAAAGGAACAAACAGUAGUUAUUUUAGCAUUUUUUUUGACUCAGGCUUUCUUUUUUAGAAAAGUAAGUGUAUGAUAUUGCACCUUCCAGUGAUCAAAGUGAUUCUCAGGAUGAGAGGACCAGGGAGUUUUUAAUGUAUUAUUUCAGAGUCAAGAAUUCAAUCCUUUCCUUUAUACAUAAAUUAAUUGUUUAGGAUUACAGUGAGGUCUAAAUUCCAUGCACUCAUCACAGAAAUAAUCUUAAUCUUUCUUUAAAGUCUUUAAAGACUUAAAUUUCAUCUCAAGUGUUGAUAAUAGCAUGUGCUAAACUGUAUGGAAGAAAUCCAAAAUGAAACCCUUUCUUUCGUUACCUCUUUUGUAUAUUUUUGCCUUCUUUUUUAUAUUAAGAAGAAGGAGAUUAAAAAUAGUUUAUCUUAGCUGUACAUUUGCUGGCUCUGGAACAAAAUGGGAGCACAAUGAGACAAAAGAACUGCAUGUCUUUUUAUUUUAUUCUUAUGGAUUUCUCAGCCUCUUCUGUUCCAUCCUCCAGAGCAAUUUAAAGCAGCAUUCAGGCAUUUGCUCUGCUUAGUGUCUGGCAUUACACUGUGACCCUCUGGGAAACAGAGUUGCUGAUGCAGUCUCCUUUUUCUGUUAUAGCUCUUGCUUUAGUUGAAGAAGAAAGGAUUUCAAGCUUCUCUCGCUGAAACUGGUAUAAACAUUGACUGCUCAGUGUUAGCAGCCUUGUUUGGAUUGUUCCUGUCUCUGGUGCUGUGCUUUCCCUGAGCAAGGUUUUGGGAAUUGAGCUGUUACCAGUAAACAGACACUGCGUUCUGAGCGAGUGCCAAAAAAAAAAAAAAGGCUUGAAGAUACAGCUGUUCCCUUUUCUGCUGGUUUGGCUGCAUACAUCUGCUGACACCCAGAUUCUUCAGGGUAGUUGCUUUGGAGUACUGGUUUUUCCUUUGUGUUUUCCUUUUCUUUUUUUUUUUUUUAUUCACCUUGUUAAAUUUAAAUUAAAAAAUGUAAGCCUUAAGUUUAAUGGGAUGAUACCCAGGGUAUGUAUAUUGUUAGUCAUCUGGAGUAUGAAGUUAUCUCCUGUCCAAUGAGACUGGAAGGAGAGUCUGUGUGUAUAACAUCAUUUUUCUAAAGAAGUCUUAAAGUGUAAGAAUUCUGAUCAGGAACUGUAAUUUCUUUGGUCCCUUUUGGGACAGUAUUAAAAUGGAAAGGCUAAUUUGAUGAACAGAAUGCCCUUGAGCUUCAAAUUGUUUCUUCAUUACCAUUUGUCAAGUCUCUCAGUCUAAUUGGUCUGCAGGCAAUCAGCCUGUCAUCAGGAGAUAAUUACAAGAUGUCAAUCCUGAAUAAAAAUUGAAGAGUA